CUUUCAGUUCUAAUUUGUAAGCAGUUCAGGAAAUAUGGCGUUAAAAUUUUCUGCGAAUUUAAAUUUUCUUUUCACUGAGAAUGUUAAAUGUAUAUCUGAAAGAAUUCGAUUUGCACAUAAGAGUGGAUUUCAAGCUGUGGAAAUUCCAUAUCCUGAUGAAGAGCUUCUUGAAGUCGUUAAAGCUAUUAAAGACACCAAAGUAAUUGUGAGCUUAAUAAACAUUAAAAUCGAUAAAACAAGAGAUGAUUUAAAAUUUGGAUCUGCAAGCAUUAUUGGCGAAGAAAAACUGUUCCAAAAACAAUUGAAUGAAACAAUUUCAUUUGCAAACGCAGUUGAUUGCAAAAAAAUUCAUUUAAUGGCUGGAGUAACCGACACAAAAACGGAAUUGGAAAAUUUGCACAUUUAUACUUCGAAUUUAAGAAAAGCAUCUGAUCUUUUAAGGACAUAUGACAUUAUGGGUGUUAUUGAACCGAUAAAUAAAUAUGCUAUACCAACGUAUUUUAUGAACUCAUUCGAAAAGGCUUCAAAAGUUUUAACAGAAAUAAACUCUCCUAAUUUGAAAUUAUUGGUUGACUUAUACCAUCUCCAGCACAUAUCUGGAAAUGUUACCAAGACCUUGGAGGAAAAAAAAAAUUUAAUUGGCCAUUUCCAAAUUGCUCAGGCACCAAACCGAAACGAGCCAGAUACACUAGGCGAGCUCAAUUACUCCUAUGUGUUCCAAAAGCUAGAAGAUUUUGGUUAUGACGAUUGGAUUGGAUGUGAAUACAAGCCAAAGACAUCAACAAUUGAAGGCUUGGAUUGGAUUUCGAAAUUCAACUAUAGCCUAUAGGCUGUAGUAUGAAAUUGUUAAUCCACAUCAAAUUAAAAUUGGAUUUAU